CGCAGCGAAAGCUCUCUCCUCUCUCCCCCUUCUCUCCUCACUUCGCUUCCUUUCCUCCUCUCGACAGCAUCCAGAACUAUAGCGCAGCCGUUCCCAUCUAUCCUUUGGCUCCCCACCUCCUCUUUCUCUCCCUGCCAGAUCUCUCUGCUCUGCAUCUCUCGUCCCUUCAUCACCCUCUCCGCCUUGGUCUUGCACUUCUCUGACGCACGACAGGGCACGGGAGCCGCAAAGACAGAAAGACAGGGGGAAACAGCGGCGGAUGACUGAGGCAGCGCAGAUUUUCAUCCACAUGCCCAUGCUGCUGGUGCUGCUGCUACGCUGGACAGAGACGCGCAGCCAGAUUCGGGUUGAAAAAGCCCUCACCCGGCUACUGUGUUGUUGAGCGCAGACUCAGGAGGAGAAGGAAGAAAAGAAGGGGAAAAAAGGUGGAAAAAGUGCAAGUGGACGAGCAGAAGUCGAGGAAUUGUGCGUUAUUUAAGCAAACUGCUCGUUAAAAAAAGCGGGGGAGCGGAGGACAUAAAAGAGGGAAAGCCAGAUUUUCACGGGGGAGUGAGUGGGAGAGAUCUCAUUCGCAUCACGUUUUCAUUUCUCCUCUUUGCCUCAGCCAAAGAGAGAGGGUGAGGAAACAGGGACCGGGGGGGAGGACGAGAGAAAGAGAAGGAGCCAUAGAUUGAUCUAACGAGAUCCAAGCAAGUUCUCUGUUCCUGAUGCUUUCCAAUUGCACUGCGCAACUAAGCCCGGCAUCGGACGGCGAGCGGGACGCACAGUGGAACAACAGAACACAUCACAGGAGGAGAUGUGAAGUUGGAAUCCCACAAAACUAAUGUUGUGAAGUGGCUCUGUCCCUGGAGCCAAGACUUCAUCCCCCUGGUGUCAGCAAGGAUGCUGUGGGUUACCUUGCUGAGCACCAUAGCCUUAGGAUGGACCACGCCAAUCCCACUACUAGAGGACUCGGAGGAGAUUGACGAGCCCUGCUUUGAACCGUGCUACUGCGAGGUGAAGGAGGGCAUCUUCCACGUCCACUGUGACAGUAAAGGAUUUACAAAUGUCAGCCAGAUUUCCCAGAUAUGGAGCCAACCGUUCAAGCUAAAUCUCCAGAGAAACUCAAUGAGGAAGCUCUACUUCAACAGCUUCCUCCAUCUUAACAAUGCUAUAUCUAUCAACCUGGGUAACAACGCCCUGCAAGACAUCCAUGCUGGGGCUUUCAAUGGCUUGGGAAUACUCAAACGGCUGUUUCUCCAUGAAAACAAGCUCGAGGUUUUCCGGAACGACACAUUUCUCGGGUUGGAGAGUUUAGAGUAUCUUCAGGCUGACUACAAUGUCAUCAAAAGGAUUGAAAGUGGUGCAUUUAGACAUCUCCAUAAACUAAGAGUUCUUAUACUGAAUGACAAUCUGAUCCCUGUGCUCCCCAAUUAUCUUUUUCGAUCCAUUUCCCUCACACAUUUGGACCUAAGAGGAAACAGACUAAAGACGUUGCCUUAUAAGGGGACACUGGAGUAUAUUGGAAGGAGUUUAAUGGAAAUCCAGCUAGAGGAGAACCCUUGGAACUGUGUGUGUGAGAUUGUCCAGCUAAAAACGUGGCUGGAGAGAAUCCCUUAUACAGCUUUGGUGGGUGAGAUUACAUGCGAGUACCCAUUUCACUUACAUGGCAAAGACUUACGGGAAAUCAAACGGAGUGAGCUCUGUCCUCUGCUCUCUGAUGCAGAGAUUGAAGCCAAGCUGGGAAUUCCCAGAGUUCCGUUCAACAACGAGAACACUUGGCCCACUAAACCUUCCUCAAUGCUCUCGUCCUUCCAUAACACAGCCUCCUCUGUGGAGUACAAGGAGAGAGUUGUGAAGCCUACCAAACGACCGCGGCCCACGAAAAACCCACCAACUCCACGUAGCAUCUACCCAGGAAUCAACCAGCCCCCUAUCGCUGGUUACCAAACAAGACCUCCCAUUCCAAUCAUUUGUCCCGCUGGAUGUAUUUGCAAUCUUCACAUCAAUGACCUGGGACUAACAGUAAACUGUAAAGAGAAAGGCUUUCACAACAUUUCCGAGCUCCUGCCACGACCCCUCAAUGCCAAGAAAUUAUACCUCAGUGAAAACCUGAUUCAAAAAAUAUACCGCUCAGAUUUCUGGAACUUUUCAAGUUUGGAUUUACUACAUUUAGGGAACAAUCGGAUAUCAUAUGUUCAGGAGGGUGCCUUCAUCAAUCUACCCAACCUAAAGAGUCUAUACCUGAACGGGAAUGACAUAGAGCAGCUCACUCCCGGCAUGUUUCGAGGACUUCAGAUGUUGAGUUAUCUUUAUUUUGAAUAUAAUGUCAUUAAAGAGAUACAGCCUCACUCUUUCUCCCUAAUGCCAAACCUCCAGCUAGUCUUUCUCAAUGGCAACCUGCUGCACUCCCUCCCCACCCAUGUUUUUGCUGGAACAAACCUCGCUCGGCUCAGCCUCCGCAACAAUUAUUUUCUUUCCCUGCCUGUGGAUGGUGUCCUGGAGCAUCUCAGCUCCAUUGUCCAGAUUGAUCUCCAUCAGAACCCUUGGGACUGCUCCUGUGAUAUAAUUCCCCUCAAACAAUGGCUGGAAAAGCUCUCCUCUGUCAUUGUGGUUGCUGAGGUGAUCUGCAAAACACCUGAAUUUGCUUUUGGAAAGGACCUCCGUUCGCUUGAGGUUGAGGUCAUCUGUCCUGAGCUUAGGUAUUCUUCAGGCCCCUCCCCGGCUAUGCCUGGCGGGGAUGACCUCACCACAGGGAAAUCUGGCAUGGAGGAGGCAGGUGGGAGAGGUGCCGUUCCGCUGUCAGUGCUCAUUCUCAGCCUGCUCAUCCUCUUCAUCUCAGCUGUGUUUGUGGCAGCUGGGCUUUUCGCUUUUGUUCUCCGCCGCAGGAAGAAGCUACCCUUUCGGAAACGCUCGGAAGUGGAUCUGACCGGGAUUCCAAUGCAGUGUAGGAUUUUUGAGGACCCGCCCAGGCAAAACAGUGCUGGGAAUACCAGCACACCGGAGAAGCCAAUGGCCAGUAUGCACACGCACACGAGUCACACACAUGCUCACGGGCAUGUGUAUGAUUAUAUCCCCCAUCCGGUGACUCAAAUGUGUAACAACCCCAUUUAUAAGCCAAGGGAGGGGGAAAUAGGAGAAGAGGAAAGGGCACAGUUUGCAGAAAAAAGAGACAACGGCUGCAGCAGCAGCAGCUUCAGAACCUUGUUAGAGAAAGAGAAAGAAUGGACCCUGGCGGUCUCCAACUCUCAGCUCAACACCAUUGUCACAGUCAACCACACCACAGCUGAUAUAGCAGGAUUUCAUGAGAAUGGAGGGCUCUGCCCUACAGUAAUUGACAGUCAGAGGCCCACACCCACAGUGGGCUUUGUAGACUGUUUAUAUGGGACCGUACCUAAAUUAAAGGACGUGCAUGUUGCGCAUGCACACCCACCAGGCAUGCAUUACCCAGACUUGCAGCAGGAUGCACGGCUGAAGGAGACAUUGCUGUUCACGGCAGGGAAAGGCUGUUACCCGGACCCUUCUCAAAGUGAUUACCUUGAGUUAAGGGCCAAACUUCAAACCAAGCCGGAUUACCUCGAGGUCUUGGAAAAAUCGUACCGGUUUUAACAUAUAUAGCCCUUUUGGAAGAUUUAAAAAUAUAUAUAUAAAAAAAAAAAAAAA